CUUCUCCCGCAGCCUUCCGAGCGCGGGGUCCGGCCGAAGCAGCCGCUCCGAGCUCUCGGGGGAGGCGCGGAGCAAGGGCCCGCGGGCGGCGAGGGGGGUUGGGAGCGCGAGCGGGAGUGGCCGAGGAGCCGGCAGUAGCCGCGCGGCGGGCCCGGGCCAACGCGGCCGAAGCUCCUGCAAAGUUGGGCGCGCGCUCGCGCCACUGCGCCGGCGGUCCGAGCGAUGAAGAUGGUGGCCCCCUGGACGCGGUUCUACUCCAACAGCUGCUGCCUGUGCUGCCAUGUCCGCACCGGCACCAUCCUGCUCGGCAUCUGGUACCUGAUCAUCAAUGCCGUGGUACUGCUGAUUCUGUUGAGUGCCCUGGCUGAUCCAGAUCAGUAUCACUUUUCAAGUUCUGAACCUGGAGGUGACUUUGAGUUCAUGGACGAUGCCAACAUGUGCAUUGCUAUCGCAAUUUCUCUUCUCAUGAUCUUGAUCUGUGCAAUGGCUACUUACGGAGCAUACAAGCAACACGCGGCCUGGAUCAUCCCGUUCUUCUGUUACCAGAUCUUUGAUUUUGCCCUGAACGCCUUGGUUGCAGUCACUGUGCUUGUUUAUCCAAACUCCAUCCAGGAAUACAUACGACAGCUGCCUCCUGAUUUUCCUUACAAAGAUGAUAUCAUGUCAGUGAAUCCUACCUGUUUGGUCCUUAUUAUUCUUCUGUUUAUCAGCAUUAUCUUGACUUUUAAGGGUUACUUGAUUAGCUGUGUUUGGAACUGCUACCGAUACAUCAAUGGCAGGAACUCCUCCGACGUCCUGGUUUAUGUUACCAGCAAUGACACUACGGUGCUCUUACCCCCGUACGAUGAUGCCACUGUGAAUGGCGCCACCAAGGAGCCGCCACCGCCUUACGUGUCUGCCUAAGCCUGGCAGUGGGGCGUAGCUGAGAGCGACAGCUUGACUUCCGUACAUCAGAGCAAUAGUUCUUCAAUUUUACUUCUGAGACGAGCUCUCUGAGCUUACGUGUUGCUGAAAUGCUACAAUUUAAAAUUUUAGAUGUUAAGUUGAGACUCUCUGUAGUUUGAAACGUACGCUUUAGCUAGAGCACUGUGAUAGAGCAACCGUAGAAUUCUUUCUGUGCGGGUGCGGUGGGCUCCCCUAGUCUUUCCUCGGCAUUGAAACUACCCAGCAAUCCGGAUGAACCUUCUGUCCGAGGAGUCCGCUGUACGUGCUGAGCCCCAGAGUUGAAGAAUUUGUGUCACUGUUCUCUCCGUUCCCUCCUUUCUCUUCUGAAAGCGUAAAAUAAAAUCAGAAUUAUACAGUG